CCGAUGAACGACCCUAGUGCAGGUUCAGUAGCUCUUCAGGCUAUACCAGCGCAACCACAUGAUGCAGCAGAUGGAGACAUUGAGGCGGCCGGGAAUGAUGCAAGCCAUAGUACUCCAGCCUUGGCCGACUGUCCAAAUUGUCCAUAACUAACUGACGUAAACAGGAGGAGAGAAGUCUUGGAAAAGACCGUUCGGGAAAGAAUCCAGCCUUAAAAGAAUGAUGCGAGAAGAAAGCCAAGCCGAUAAAGUUGAGAGACACAUCAGAGAGGUCUUUUCUGUGUCUGUCGUCGACGACGUUCCAACAGGUUAUCCACUCUUGUCAACCUUUCAAUCCAGCAAGCCUGCCUUCUCAAUCUAUCGAUCUUUCGAUUACCUUCAUUCGCGUGUAAUACUUGAGCUCCAGGAUCAACUUCGCGAGCUUGAGGAUAAGCUCGGAGAUCUAGAUAUAGCGCAUCACGAAUCAUCCGACUCGAGGCAGAAGUGGCGUGUCAGCUCUCGUAUAAGAGAUCUAGUUGCCGCUGAGUCUGAAAGUGACAUCAGUCAUAAUCCUCAAACAGACGAGUCCCCAGAUCGUGAGCAGAAUGGCUUACCUGGCCAAGAAUCUCCCCCUAGCGAACGAGCCGCAAUACUCGAUCAGAUACAAAUCAAGCUCAUCAAGUACGAUGAAAUCCUGGCGAAGGCCCGCGAACUUGUCGAAUUCCAGAGGCCUAGUAACGACGAAUGGUUGAACUUUCGACGAUGGUAUAACAACAGGAAGCCUUUAGGGUUUGAAGACGAAGAGAGAUUUAUCAGAAUGAAAGACGACCUCAUCACCCUGAGACCCAGGAAUGAUGCUGGUAAGAUCGAUAAUUGGAUUGAGCGCGUCGUGGGUAGAAUGCCCGAGGGUAAAGUCGCCACAUAUUUCUACAAUCACGGCGUGCUCAAUGAUGAGCACUUGCUUUACUUCAACGUCGCUCGAGUCGAACCUCUGGCUGUUCUGAUUGUCGCGUUUGUUAUCAUUCUCUUGUUAGCUGUGCCCAUGUUCAUCAUGUACCGUAUAACAGAGAUGGGUACCCGUUCCAGCACGUAUCUCAACAUCUUACUCUUGAUUGUCUUCGCGCUCUUGUUCUCUGCGGCAAUGGGCCUGCUCACAAAAGCCAAACGGGCUGAGCUUUUCGCAGGGACAGCAGCAUACUGCGCUGUCCUUGUGGUAUUCAUUGGAAACUUCAGUAGUAACGUAGUUUCGAAUUCUUCAUGA